AUGUCCACCCCCAACAAUCUCCAGGCCCUUUUGGCUUCAAUUAAGCCUCGUCCGUCGCCACCUAAUGGGUCUGCCCAAGAUUAUCAUCAGCAGCAACAGCGCCCAUCUCAAUCCUACCAACCUGGCGGCAUGUUCCCACCUCACCCUCAGUAUCCGCCGUAUGAUGGUCAGAACUACCCGCAUCCUCAAAUGGCGGCGCAUGGGUAUCAUCAUCCCUCCGUUUCAUCAGGAAUUCCGAGCCCUGCCCCCAAUCAUCCGGCGAAUACUGCACCGCGUCAUGACUCCGAUAUCCUUAGUCCUAACGUGCCUACUCCUCGCCCUGAAUGGAACCAACCUCCGCCGCCGCAACCGAACAACCCGGAUCGUGCUGUCAACCUACUGAAUCUUCUUCGAUUCAGUCAAGGUUCAGGCACUGGGGCUCAAUCUCCCUUGUCCUCUUCUGUUGGUGGUCCGGAGCAAUCGCAAUCCCCACCGAUUCAGGAGCUCACCUCGUCGCACGGACGAAACACUUCCGGGCCAGACUUGGUGGCUUCUCUCUUUGGUGGAGCGCAGGUUCCCCCUGCACCUGCACAUGUCCCUGCCCCUGCAGAGGUAGGCGUAGCUCCUGUUAGAGUCGAGGGUGCUUCCAAUGACAUUACCCAGGAUAUGUUGCUUCGGUUGCUCAACCGAUCUCAGCAUGAGGGAGGACCAGCGGAGCCUCCCAUCUCAGUUGCAGCUCACCAGUCAAUUCCACAAGCUGCAUCCAUUGAUCCAAAUUCAUUGAACAAUGGCGAUGCCCUCACGGACACCGUGAAAUCCUUGUUUGGGAGUGUUGCGAAGCCGGAAACGGUCGUAUCUCCCUCCAAGGACUCGAUGUUCACAUACGUCAACCCAUUCGACCAGCUUGCUGCUAUCUCCCCACAAACCAAGUCGCCUCAGCCCAAGUUUGAAGAAGGAGAGGAAGAGGAGUUGACGUUUGUUGAAACCACGCAAGCUUUGACGACUGAUGUCUCUGUCUCUGUGGAUGAUGAGCCUUCCCCACCCGUAGAAUUGGCAGCACCCCAGCAGCCGAAGCGCAGCAAGUCGCCAGUCCUAGAGCCAAACCAGCAACGGGCUGUAACUGAUGUCGUUGGUCGUCUUGUUGAUGAGAUUGGACUCUCGCUCAAUGGGGAGAAAGUCCCGACCGUGGAAGCGGAAGCUGGGUUCGACACCCCAGCCAAGGAUGACACUGCCGAGGCGGUUAUCUCAUCCAUUGCUGGCCAUUUGCGGGAGACUGCUACCGAAGCCAAAGCAGUUGCUGAGUUGACUGAGUUUUCUCAGCCAGCUAAGGCGUCGACUGAACCGCAGACCGCAGCCACUGUUACCCAGACCCGGAAUGAGAAUGCCGAGGCUCUGGCUGAUAGCUGGGAGAGCGCCGAGGACAGCGCUGAAAAGGAAGAAGAGCGUGUUGUGUCUGUUCAAAACUUCCCCCUGAAGCCAUUCAUAUCUAUUACCGUCAAAUCACGAACUGGAAAGCUUGUGGUGUUCCGCGAUGAUGGUAUCAUGGAUAUCGCACGUCUCAAGAAGGAUUUCGACCAACUGGAUCGCUCGCUUACUUCAGCUACCUCUGAUUACAUUGUUUAUGCGCUCGCAAAGUCUGGUGGAAUUCGAAUCAUUCGCCAAGACGAUGGAAGCGACCGACAAGUCUUCCGUGCUACCCGUGACCGUGUCUUCAAUGUCACAUUAUGCACUUCUGUCACUGUUUCGGGUCAGCCUGAUGUGCAGGCCAUUCUGGGCAUCGGUGUCAGUGGCGCUGUCUACUGGGCCCUCGUUUCUCGAGAGGGCAAGGAUCUGUUUGAGCAUGAUGCUCUGGAAAGUGAAAGCCUUAUCUUCCCGCCGUUCCCGGCUUCAGACGAGAAUACUUCUGGCGGCCAGCUGAAAACGCGGGCCAAACGAAGCACUCGUCAUCCAGAUCUCUUCGCUAUUGGACGCGGCAAGAAUAUCUAUGUCGUCUCCCCCACAGUUGCUAUGAAUGCCAAUUAUGGCGUGUCCGGGUCGCAACGUACCGUAAACACGGAGAAAUUCUUCAAGGAGCGUGCACUUAAGAUCUCUACUGGUAAAGCUGGAAAGGAUUUUGCCUUCAGUGAUGACGAUACUGUUAUCGCUUCUCUGGAUAAGACCGGUCGAUUGCGCUUCUGGGAUAUUCGUGACGUGUUGGACCGUUCCAACUUUGGUGAAGGCAUCACUCCGAACGAGGUGCGGGUUCCUCUAAACACAUUUGUGACUGGCUCCCCAGCAGAGAAGUCUUGGCCCACAUCUGUGCUCUUCUUGGAUAAGCUGCGUCCCUACUCACGAUCCAAUGCCCUUCGAUAUGUUCUGGUGGGACUCAAGCAGAACCACACGUUGCAGCUCUGGGAUAUCGGGCUAGGCAAGGCUGUGGAAGAGUUGAAGUUCCCCCAUGAGAACGAGUCGGACGCGAUCUGCAGCGUGGCAUAUCACCCAUCGUCAGGUAUCAUCGUAGUGGGACACCCAACUAGAAACUCGAUCUAUUUCGUUCAUCUCUCUGCGCCACGGUACAAUUUGCCUGGCAUGUCACAGGCUGCAUUCAUCAAGGCUGCGACGGAGAAGGACAGUUCCCUACCAAAGCCUGAUUCAACCGCAUGCCUCAGUGGCAUUCGAGAAAUUUCUCUUGGCUCUAAGGGUCAACUAAGAAGCCUAGAGCUCCUGUCUCUCACUAGGGCUGGCACAGAGAAACGCAACUCGCAGGAAAGCGAUCUGUUCGAGCUCUACGUGAUGCACUCCCGUGGAGUGACUUGUCUUAACAUUAAGAAGGAGGAUCUGGGUUGGACUACAGAUAACAAAGUUAUCACUCCCAUCGAUGCAUUGGAGGACGGUUCAAUUGAAAUCACUGACCUUCAAUCAUUCCCCUCUUACACCGCUGAUGACCCCUCUGUCAAUGGUGAUACCGCCUCCACUCCCUCACGCACAGCGAAAGAGGUUGCAAAGAAAAACGACAUCGCUGACCCUUCUUCUGGUGUUGUUCCCUCUCGUAACCCCUCACCCACGAAAACUUCUUCAAAGAAAAAGCCUUCUGAGGAGCCAUUGGACAUUGUCCCUACCCCCAGUAGUGCUGAGAAGACUGAGAAGAAAAAGAAGAAGAAGACUCCUGAGGCUCCCGUCAAAGCCAAGGAACCCACCGCCACCGCUGGUGUUCAAUCUCUUCCCCUCACUUCUCAACCGAAAGACUCAGGAAAUCUCGCAUCCACCCUCGCAACAAUGGAGACUGAUGAAAGCUUUACUGGCCACGGUGUCACAAAUGACGCCAUCGUCAAACACUUUGAAGACCUACGUGCUGCAGUCUCUGAUGGAUUCAACGCGUCUCUGGGCCGUGAAAUUGAAACCCUUUUUGCCCGAUUUGAUGAAGAGCGUCGCCAGUGGGAUACUGCCUCGAACAAGAAACAAGAGACCGUUCUUCGCCUGGUCUCUGACAAGCUCUCACAGGACGUUGAGAAGAAUCUCGAUCGCGUGAUCAACAAGAGUAUCUCAUCUCAGGUUCUUCCUGCUAUCAAGGAUGCUACCAACGAGGCUGUCUCGCGUGUCGUCAGUGAACAGCUUCACCUUGCCCUUCCUCGUUCAGUUUCAGAGUCUCUGCAAAACACUGGCUUUAUUGAUUCGUGUGCCGAACUUGUCACGCAGAAAAUCAGCACCCGCGUCGAGAAUGGCAUAAUCAAGGCUGUCCAUAAUUCUCUCAUGCCUCUGAUCGAGAAAAUGGCCAAGGAUAGUAAAAAGGCCCAUGAGGAUGCCCAGUCUCAAAUCAGACGCGCGGACGAGUCACGUAACCAGGAACGCAAGGCUACCAACGCCAAGCUUGAACAAAUGGAGGACAUGAUCCGUACUCUGACCUCCACUGUCAACAAGCUCGCUGUCACUGAGCGACCAGCUACCGACGUUAACAGCCACCCAUCUGGUCCACCUGCUGGUUUCUCGCGCGCUGGACCAGCCCAGAAUCGUCCCGUUCAUGCUCAGGGUCAGCCUACCCAGAUUGGCAUCCAGCCUGUAGCUCAGCCUGCUCCUGUCCAGCCUCAAGCUCGGGCUCCCGCUCGGGCCCCAGUUCCAGCUCCAGUCCAUGCCCCAGCUCUGGCGCCUGCCCCAACCCAGAGUCCUUUGAAUACGUUGCAGCCGCCUCCUUCCCCUGCUUUGGGCGCUGAGAUCGCUGAGAUCAGACAUGUCUUCGAACAGGGCGCUGGUCCUGACGAGGCCAUCAUCAAGUGGCUUCAAUCUGAGCACCAGGCAGAGGUGUUCGAUCAUUUCUUUUGCCGCCUGGAUCCAUCUUUCUUGGCCAGGCUCCAGCCUAUUAUCAUGUUGUCUGUUGGCGUGGCCGUAACCACCUCACUGGAGAACAACCUCCACCAGCGCUUCCAUUGGCUCAGUGUAGUACUCAAUGGCUUUGAUCCUCGCGAUCCUGAACUGGCUGGUGUCUCUGCCCGGAUCAUGUCUGUGUUGACUGAACGCCUGAACACUCUGUACAUGAGGCUCGUUGCGGAGAACCCACAUGAUCCCCUUCUUCGUCGUCUUCCUCCUCUCUCUCGCCGCGUGCGAGAGCUGCAUAGUGCUUCCCUUUAA